AUGUCGACUACCGCCCUCACCGCCGACCACACUCUCGUUGCCCUGCUGCCAUCAGCCGCCGACAUCAUCCAUCCCGCCCUAACCUCUGCGUCCACCACCGCGACCUGCUCCACCAACACCACGACAUCCUGCACUCCCUCCACCGGUGGGGCGACGUCGGACGCCCCAUUACUUGCUACCAUCACCACCAGCAUCCCCACCUCCAGCGAUGUGGACUUGGCUCAUACCUGCCUUCACUGCGAUCGCACAGAGACUGGCGAACCAGUGCCUGGUGCACCAACCUACACUCGCCACAUCCGCAUCGACUGUCAUCACUGUCCCCGCAUUGAUCUACUAGGUCGUAUACGCAUUCAUAUAUCUUGCGGUAGACAACCGCCGGCUACAUCACUUCAUCACCCCUUUCCCUACCAGCACCUGCACCAUACAACAUCACCCUUUGUCACACAAUGCAAAGCACUCGAUUGCCACCUUUCAUUUAAUUGAGAAGUGUGCUUCCCGGCUCCUUCUCCGUGUGGCUACUCUGCUGCAUGCGCGACCAAAGUCCGAGACUAUCGCGGUGCGCCAAGCGCCGCGGUUUAGAAGGCUGCCCAAAUGAAGCCUCCACUCAGUCCACACAGUUUGCCCAAUUGUGCGUGUAUGUGUGGAGGGGCGGACUGGUGGGCCGAGGGCCAGACUGUCACGGUCCCUUUCCAAGCCAUCUGUGACACGCUCAUGCAUGUGAGGAGAGUGCUGGUGUUUUUGUGGGCAGUGCCCCUCAGUCGAUGACUGGCUGGUUAUCCGGCCUUUGAAAAGUGAUGACCCAGGCUACUAGCAGGGCUGCGUGUCACCCUUCUGGACCUUAAGGUUUUUAUGCAUCUACUAUGCCGUAGUCUGCAAACCAUAGCCUUCGCAGCCUGCUGUGUGUUGGCCAUUCUCUGACACCUGGUUCCCUGCCGGUAGAUUCGCUUGCGCUCCCGCUGGGUAUACAGGCCGUGAGCAUGGCUACUUAGUCGUCGUCGCCGUCUUUCUGACUCGCUGUGGUGCCAUCGUUGUUGGUUAAAGUCCUGGUCUAGUGCUUUUUGUGGACCAGGGGGUGUGGUGGUAUGCCUAGGUGCGGGUCCGGUCGCGCCAAGCACUUGUGCUCUCUCUCUCUCGCCUCCGCUGUUCUUGACUACGUCCUGACACCGGGUCCAGGUGGGGGAGGAGAGAGUGCGGUAGAUGCUGCGCAAGUAUACUCUCACUAUAAACUAAUUCACGCGCAAGUCACCGUGCCUGAUCUCACCUUGCUGUGGAGCACACGAUGGGCAUCGUCGCUCACGACGGUCGAACUGCCGUGUGCGCGCACGCGGGAUGUAGUGGUGUCUAGUUAGCGGCAACCGCGCAUAAGCGUUCGGUCGCACCAUGCUUAUAGUGACUGAUCCUCACGGUCAUUAACUGACACCCAUCUGUCGUCUGUGGCUCCCCAGAGAUAGGCUCCACUUCGCGGUCACAGCCCGGUAAUCCCCUGGAUCGCCGGACUAAACCAGGUGAUAGUAUCCCCUGCUGCUUGUCCUCGUACCCGGAGAUUCUUUUCCCAUCUCAUCGUCGCCCUUCCAACCUUUCCCUCCAAUCCCCUCCACCUCCCUCUUCCCCAAAUUUCCUACGGAAAGAACAACAUUCAGUCCCGUAGGCAGUCCAGGCUAAUCCGGCUCGCUCUCUAGUAAACAAAGUCAUGAUCCAUAGUGAAGUUCGGCAGCCGUCUGGGGCGUCUAAGCAGCCAAAUUUGGGGAUAGCAGCAUUUACCGCGGCGAGGGAGAUGGGGCUAGAAAAGGUGACGUCAACAAAUCCCGUCUUCAUGGCAUCUGUGCGCAGGCUGUGGCUUGCAGACUGCAAUACCUACGAUCGAAACCAAGAAACGAUACUCUUGAAUAAGGAGACACGGUCGUUGUGACAAGAGCUUUAUUCGCCGGACGCUUAGGGUUCCUGUUCAAAAACAUCAUCAGAGGCGAUAGCAGAUACGGGUCUGCUAUUGCCCCUGAUGAUAGUCCAAUCAAGAAUCCGGAACGUCGGGCGAAUAAAGCCCUUGUCCCAGAGAUCGUGCCUCUUUCUUCACGACUUCUUCCUAGGACUCGUCACUUUGCUUCUAUUGGCAAAUAAUACUCUCUCUCUCUCUCUCUCUCUCUCUCUCUCUCUCUCUCUUUCCCCUUCUUCCCUUCCGUCCCACCCCACAGGCUGCUAGGAUGAGUUCGCUCAUUCUGGCAGCCUGGAAUAUUUGUCGCCUUUUAAACAUUCCCAGAAGCAACCGACCGGAACGGAGGACGGCUCAAGUUGUUCUGGAAUAGUUGAACAGGUGGAUUGUCUUUGGUGACUUCAAUGCCCACGUCGACACAGACCACGUCGCCUGGAGGGGAGGGCUGGGUCCUCAUGGGAUCAGCGGCCGCAAAGACAAUAGACUCUUUCUCCUAUGAAUCUGUGUUGAACACCGCCUCCUGCUGGCCAACACCCUCUUCCGAUUGCCGAUGAGGAAGGAGGCCACCUGCAUGCGUCCCUGCUCGCGGUGCUGGCAACUGCUAGACUAUGUUCUCGUUUUGCAACGAGAUUGGCGGGAGGUGAUGGUGACCAAGGCGGUCUGAGAUGCCGACAAAUUGACGGAUCAGCACCUCGUCCUUUCCAAGAUGAAACCCAGACUACAAACCUACAGGAGGCUACGAGUUAAGCGACCACCGGACAAGUUAAAAUUGUCUGCUCACAACUUUUGUUUCAGAAUUAAAUUACCCCAGCACCUUCAAGAACUGUCGGCCCCAUCGACAAAACCACUGUGGAGACUAGGUGGUGUCAGCUGCGGAAUACCAUCCAUUCCACCGCCUUGGAUGUCCUCGGACGCGCACGUCGCCAACAUCAGGACUGGUUCAACGACAAUGUCACAGACAUCUGAAAAUUGCUCGCUGAAAUGCACAGACUACACAAAGCCUACAUGAACCACCGGACGGACAUCAAUAAGGAAACCUCCUGUCGCUAUCGCUGCUACGUGCAUAAACGACUGUGGGAGAUGCAGGCUGUCUGGGUGACUCGUAUCGCCGCACAAAUCCAGGGUUAUACCGACCGUAAUGAAGUAAAGAACUUCUUCUUAUCAAUCAGACCUGCCAACUAAGGGAACCGCGCCAUUUCUCAGCCCCGAUGAAAAAAACAUUUCUGACUGGGAAAUCGCUGAUUUCGAAACGCCAGGCCGAUCAAUUCAGAAGUGUCCUCAACCGUCCGUCCAUGAUCUCCAACACCAUCACCGACCGACUCCCUCAACUAAAAACUAAAGAUGACCCGAGUCUGUCGCUUACUCUCCUACAGAUAACCAGAACCGUAUGCCAACCUGCCAGCGGGAACGUACCGAGAACCGUUGCAGUUCUACCCGAAGUCUACAAGCACGGCGUCCCCUGAUUGAUGAAUCACCUUGCAAAGCUACUCCAGGAGAUGUGGCACUGAGGACAAGUUCCUGAGGGUCUUAUGGAUCUACAAGCGGAAGGGGAACCGGCAAUUCUGUAAUAACCACAGAGGAGUCUCGUUGGUCGUCAUCGCUGGAAUGAUCUUCGCUCGCAUCCUCCUUAACCAUCUCAACGGCCAUCUCGAACAAAGCCUUCUACCGGAAAGUGAGAGUGGCUUCGGACGACACCGCAGAACCUCCGACAUGGUCUAUACCGCCCGUCAACUGCAAGAGAAAUGCCAGGAAAUUCGGACCCAUUUCUACACUACCUUUGUGGACUUGGUGAAAGCCUUCGACAGGAUUAAUGGCGAUGAACUGCGGAAAAUCGUGCAGAAAUUCAGCUGCCCUGAGCGAUUCACGCACACAGUGCGUCAGUCCCACGACGGAUUGAUUGUGCUCGUCACGGAAAACUGGAACGUUUCAGAAGUAUUUGCAGUAGCCAAUGGAGUGAGGCAGGACUGUGUUCUCGUCCCAGCCCUCUUCAGACUUAUGCUCUCUGCCAUGCUGAUGGACGCCUACCGUGAUGAGUGUCCUAGGACCGCAUCGCCUAAAGGACCGACGGGCGUCUUCUCAACGGCCGGUGCACGCGGGCCCAAAAACGGCUAUUUACGACAACAAACCAGGACCUUCUAUUCGCGGUUGACUGUGCACUCAACACCCUGACAGAUGCAAACAUGCAACGGAGCAUGGAAUUCUUCGUCUCCGGCCGCCGCCAUUUCGGACUGACCAUCAACACGGACAAGACGGUGGUAAAGCAUCAAUCGACAGUCAACUCUGCAGAAAAUGUUCCUUGCAUCCACAUCAAUGGCUCCCAACAGAAGACAGUGGACAGCUUCGCCUACAGAAGAAGACUAUGCGAUCACUGGAACAAGAACUAUUAACCUGACAUUUCGGAUUCUGACUGAGACCCAUAAGCACAGGCAGUCGGAGAAAAGGGUAGUAGAGGCACAAAGGGGACUCAGUUAACAAGUACAAUGGCCUCCUGCCUCAGUAUUCUGUGCUGCGAUUUUGCCUGAGCAAAAUAAUUACCCACGAGGGGAGGGCGUGGGCGACUAACAGUCCCGGUAGCGGUGAGCCGCACUGCUGAGUAAUCGUCACCCCAGAAUCAAUAACGGUGAUGAAAUCACGGCAAUUAACGACUCGGGUAUGCGGAGGCACUUGGAUGCGAACAAUCCUAAAAUUACCUUCGACGCAUAGAUAAAAGAAGCUUACCCCACAGACUCUCUCAGGGGCGACUUAACACCGUCAGCAUGCGCUCGAACCUGGCCGGCGUUCACUACUGCCUGAGACAGUAAAUCCUUGUUCUAUGGGCAAUAAGUCCCUCCUUCUGGCGCCUUCCACCUUGUCCUAUUAGUAAGGAUUUUGCCUGAUGAUGGUGGAGCCCUGGGUACAUUCGCUACUCUAACUGCACCAAACAUCUAGGCACCACGUAUCGAUCUGUUAUCAUGAACCCAGCUACAAAACCUUGGACUGACUAGAAUGUAACCUGGCUGGCUGUGCAAUCGUCGUUUAAACCACUGGUCAGUAAAUGUUUACGACGACAAUAGAAGCACAUGUUGAUGACCCCCAGUCAGUUCUAGUCAGUAAAAUUCAGCACCUCUUACCUAUUAUCGCAUCGAGAAUGUCGCCGGCCAAAAUGCCACUGCUGGAAGAGUGGCGUGAACCGGCACAAUCAUUUCAUUCCCCGGCGGCAGUCAUCAGGUCACGGAAGUGGUUGAACCAGCUCAUAGAAAUGUCAGCAGGUAUAAUCACCGAGCUAAUCGGCGGACGACUUCUUCCUGUAGACGUAAACGCCAUGGGUGCAUGUAUGUGCCCCUUUCAGUCGCAUACCAGUUGGCUGGUUACUGACCGGUACCUAUACAAGCAAUUAGUGGUUGGCCCUUUGCAAGUGGCCCAUAUCUAUACCGAGCCUACCAAAGGAGUCACGUAGAUUGCAGUAACAGAGGAUAACAUGGGAUUUGACCACCGGCAUCUUGGUUUCCUCAAGGCACAAUUCGGCGAUUCGAAGUUCUGGCGGACAGCAGAUAUCGGGUCUGCUUUCGUCUCUGAUGAUGGGUUCGAGCAGGAAUCCGAAACGUCAGGCCAAUAAAGCUCUUGUCCCAGCGGUCGUCUCUCCUUCUUUACGACUGCUUCCUGGGACUCGUUUCUUCGCUUCUGUAGGAGGUGGCAUCAUCAAUAUAACUCGGUCGCCGAAUUUCAACUUAGUUAUACGGACAGUCCCUCAGACGUCAACGCCGGAAGCUUUCGCCCCUUUGGGCAUGAUUUUGCUGGUAUUGCCGUUUGAAUAGUUCUCUUUUGCUCUACUUUCAGGCGCACGACGCACCACUGCGCCCGCUUCGAUGAAACUGCUUGCGCUUGACGCACAGCGGUACGAUGAGUAA